UCGUGCGCCAUGACGGGGAACACUGGGAACACUCGCAAUUGAAGCGUCAAGCCUUCGGGGAUUUUAGGGUUAGGGUUUAAGGAGUUGUGUAGUUCCGGAGAGACCGAUUGCUCCGAUGGAGUUCGGUACUGUGGAGGUUUAGUGCAUGCGCUUCUGGGAAUGGUGAAUGAUGGUGUAGAUCGCAUAUCCUCUGGUUUGCGUGAGGAAAAUUUAUUCUCUUUAUUGUUCAUGUGGGGUUUUAGCAAAAUUUUGAACGGUGAUAAAAAUGAAUCGAGUGUGGAGUCGCAAUGCGGUUUCCAUCUGGCGAAAUUUUCUGGUUCGAAAUGGAGGAUCAUGUGGGUACAGUAGCUUGUCGUCUGAGGUAGGAUUAGGAGCUUCUGAAUCUCAGCAGAGUGUAGUGCAAAAGCAAGUUAGGGAGAAAGUGAGGGAGCGGGUAAUCCCCCCGGGCGGUCUUCUUGCUCUGAAUACUCUCGCAGAUAAUCCUGGUUCCCGUCACCAGAAGACGAGGUUAGGAAGAGGAAUUGGAUCUGGGAAGGGCAAAACUGCCGGCCGUGGGCACAAGGGACAGAAGGCACGGAAUGGCCGGAGCCCCCGAUUGGGGUUCGAGGGAGGGCAGACGCCGUUGCGGUUGAGAAUUCCCAAGAGAGGUUUCACGAACAAUUUCAUGAACACAUUUCAGGAGGUCAAUUUGACGACCAUUGCGGAGCUUGCGAAGGAAGGUCGUAUUGACACCUCUCAGCUUAUCACCAUGAAAGCAUUGAAGGAUGCAGGUGCCCUAGGGAAGAAAAUGAAGGACGGCGUGAAGUUGUUAGGUCGAGGAGCUGAAAAAUUCUCUCUUCCUCUUCAAAUUGAGGUGAGCAGAGUAUCCGAGCGUGCCAAAGCAGCCAUUGAAGCAGCAGGAGGAAGUGUCAAAAAGGUGCAUUACAAUCAUCUAGGUCUUAAAGCGCUACUUACUCCUGAAUGGUUUGAAAAGAAGGGUCGACUCCUUCCAAAGCCUGCUCGCCCAGCCCCGAGGCUCCGUGAGAGAGUUGAUGCUAUUGGGCGCCUGCCAUCACCAGCUACUCCCCUUCCCAGCGCAGAAGCCGCAGUGUCCAAUUGAGAGUUCAUUGUCAACCUUGCCUUUGACACCAUAGCACAUGAAUACAGAAGCACAAAUUUGUUAUCAUGCAAUAAAGCUUAUGUUAUUUUAUUUUUUUCAA